GAUGGCGCGGAGCGACUGGAGACAGUGACGGUCGGGGAGCUGAAGGAAGAGAUUGAGAAGUGCCAGGAUGUCCCUGCCUAUCAGCAGGAGCUUAUCUGUGGAUCCGAGAUUCUUGCCGACAGCACUGCCCUGCGACAAGUGGCAAAGUCACACGAUGUCGAGUUGCAGCUAGUAGUCCAAGACAGACGCUGUGGCAUUCACUUGGGCAAACUUGUGGAUGGCGCGUACUGCAGCUCUGGCUGUUAUGGGACUGUGGACGGCGCCUUUCUUUUGAAUGGGCCAAACGAGUAUGUCAAAUGGCCGAUCCAGCUGGAGGGAAACUUUUCAGUGCGUACCCGGUUUCGGGUGGCUCAUUCGGCGUUGACCGCUGUGCUCUUCGUAUUUUGGGACACGGCGCCGAAGGAGGCCAGGCAUCCAUACUUUCAGUCCCACCAGAUGGACUGCGAUGGAAGCUGGCUGGAUCAAGUGGGCUUUGUGGUGAACCGUCAGGGAAGCCACAUCCUGAAGUCUGGGGCACACUGGGGCUCGGCCGUGCUUUUCCCUGGCGAGGUUGUGGAGCCGCAAGAGUGGUGCGGCGAAUGGCACGAAGUCUCCCUGGAGCGUGAAGCUGGCCAGCUUACAGUGAUGGUCGAUGGGAGCCUUGGCUGA